UUUGCAACAUAACCUCAGAAAUGUUUAUUAUUUGUUUCGUGUUUAAAAUGUGAAAACUCGCCCGUUUAUUAAAAUUCUACUUAACACUCCAGUGAUUUUGUUGUUUUGGUGCUAGUUAGUAUGGAGGUGAACCCAUUGAGUGUGAUUUUGGUAAAGUCGGACAGUAAAGGGGACCGCCUCUUAUUUCGUUACCCCUUUCGUUUCUUGGAGAAAAACGAGCCGGCAAACACCAAACGGCGAAAUCCUUACACUUUACCAAACCUCGAAGAUUUACUACAGUCACCAACUCAACCCACUUCAAACAUAAAUAAAGGCCAUUUAACCGGUUUCACUGAUGAAGUCCUAUCGUCCUUAUUUGCUGUGAAAUCAGAACUGUGCAAUAAAAAAUUUGAGUUGAAAGUCAACGAUGUGCGUUUUGUGGGUCACCCCACAUUGCUACAUUUGAGAAAUAAACAACAGGACGCUUCCGGUUUAAUGUUGAUUAAUGUGGUUUUUGCUUUACAAGCCCUUGCUAGUCAUUCAGUUGUAACUUGUUAUCACGAUUUGAGUAAAAGAGUCGGCAUUGCGUUGCGUUAUGAAGAAAAACGCUGUGGUUACGUGAGCGAACAAACCCAAACUAUGACCACAGCACACGAUGAUGGGUAUACUGGUAUCUCAGAAUCGGCAUUUGAGACAAUUUUAAAUAAGUGCACGUUGGCGAAAAAUAUUAAAAAGUUGUAUGAAGAUUUGUGCAGCACUGGACUGGUCAAUAUCCAAAUUAACAAAUGGAUAACUUUGAGUUUUUGCUUGCCUCAGAAGGUGCACCAAUGGCACUUAAGAGGGAAAUUUGUUGAACCUAAAGACAUAGACAGAUGUUUAAAGGCGUUGCGCCCUUACCACAGUCUGUUAUUACUUCACCCUAUACAGCAAAUGGCUGAUUUCACCGGAUUGGAUGGCUCUCCAUCACUAGAAAGAAUGUUAAAGCAGUAUUCUCCAAUUAAAAAUUUGCAGACUUUAGCUGCCGACGCCGAUUUAACUCUCAAUCAUGUUUUUGAACUCACGGCCCAUUUAGUCUAUUGGGCUAAAGCCACGGUUAUAUUCCCCAUCUGCCUGACUAAUAAAUAUGUGAUAGCACCCGAUGCCCCCAUCCAUUUGAAUUCGCCCUUGAUAGAUAAAUUCUCCGAGGCGUUUCCCACAGCGAAUUUAAUUCGUGUGAUAAGUGAUUUUGCGUUGCCGACCUCUUUGGGGCAAAAAUGUAACCCUUUGUGUCAUCCGGCGCAACAGUCGCAUUUGGUGCAAACUAUAAUUUGGAUGUUGCAACAUCAUCUACUGUUGCAACUCCACACGUAUAUACAGUAUAUGCCAACAGAUCAUGGUUUAUCAGUACCUAGGGAUAAGGACGAACGGAUAACUUCGCAAAGGAAUAUAUUGUCGUCGAGUUCGUAUCAUCCGAGUACGUCUGAACAUUCCCGAGCCGAGUCCGAAAGCGGUACGUCGACCGUGUCGGAAACACCCGAGCUUCGCAGCGAAUCAGAUUUGAUCAGUCGGAGUAUUAAUCUUGAAAAUGUGAGUUUCACAUCCGUUGAAGAUGAAAAACAGGAUUAUCAGGAAGAGUUGCUUUUGGAUUUUCCUGAUGAGGAGAGAGGAAAUAUUUUUAAAAUUCCGGCAACUAAUAAUCCGGAAGAUUUGCGAUUGUUUGUUCGAUUAUGUCGUAAGGGUUACUUUCAUGGAAACCACCACAUUGAAGAAAUAAUGUAUUUGGAGAAUUUACGGCGAAGUCAGUUAUUGCAACUGUUGGAUAAGUUUAGGGAUGUUUUGAUCACUUAUGAAACGGAGGAUCCGGCUAUAGCUAUGUUUUCAUACACAUGAGCGUGUUAACUAAAUGAUUUGUUUUGUCUAAUUAUUUUAUUAAAACUGUUAAUCUUCAUAUUUUUGUAGUUAAUUUUUUUACUAUUUGAUUAAAGAAAUAUCAAGUU